AUGAUCGGUCUGUUCGCCCUCUUUGCGCUGUGCGCUCAGCUAUGCAUGGCCACCCAUAUCAAGAGAGGUCCUCAUCGACUUGCCGGCCAAGUUGAUGACCGCCGAUUCUCACGCCGCGAAUUUGGUGAACGGAAACUCGGACUGGCUACAAAAUUGCUCACCGAUCAAUGGGCUACACAAGAUGUCUGCGACAACAAGUACACGGUCAUGGCCGACAAAUGGAACCAAGACUCUGGCUCUGGCAGUCAGAGCACCCAAGUAUACGAGUGCAACGCGGGCAAGGCUGCCUUCGCGUCCCAGUGGCAAUGGCAGAAUGCGCAAGACCAAGUCAAAACAUACUCCAGCGUCGCUCUCAAAUCGACCCAGAACAGCUUACAGCAGCCCAUCUCGAACUACAAAUCAUUACAGUCCAGCUGGUCCUGGACUGUCGAAGGGCCAGCAGACGCUCACUGGGACGUCUCUUUCGAUAUCUGGCUCGGCACAGCUCCCAAUGAUGGCGGCUCAUCUGCUGUCAGCGCUUUCGAGAUCAUGGUCUGGACUGGCCAUCAGAAUGCUGCGCCGGUCGGACCACAGAUCGGUACUGUCACCCUGCAAGGGACGACUUGGACAGUACAUGCGGGCCCGGUGUCACAUUGGACCUGUAUCUCCUUCGUUGCCCCUGACAACAUUGAGCAGUACCAAGGCGACGUGCUCGACUUUGUGCGAUGGGGUGUCGAGAACGUCAACGGUCUCAACGAUGAGCUCAUUCUCAACGCUGUCGAAGCAGGCACAGAAGCAUUCAUUGAUCAGCGGCAGACCUUGCUGAACGCUGAGCUGAGUGUUGAAGGAGCUGAUGUUGCGUGGCAAGGGUACGUGUACGUGUGUUGCGGCGAAUCGCGUCGGUCGAAUUUCGAAAUCGAACGCACCUCCAUCUUGAGAGAAGUCGUGAUGCAGCGCAGCAGUCGGCUUGUUGGUUGCCUGGCCAGAAAUCGGAGCAACCUGGCAAAUGGCAUCAGCGCGCGAUCGACUCUUGCAACGGCAAGACCGAGCCUCCUGCCUGCUCUAGGGUGUGCCCCAACAGAGCAGUCGACCCAGCGACGGACACUUGCAACACCAGCGGCAGAGCGAGCCUCCUUGACUGGUAUCGACCGCUCGACGAGUAACAGACCGUUCAUCGAUUCGCUUACAGGCGUGGUCUUCAUGAACAUGGGAGGCCCUUCAACAGUGCCAGAGACUGGCGAUUUCCUCUCACGGCUGUUCCACGACGGCGAUCUGAUUCCUUUACCCUUUCAACGGUUCCUGGCGCCUGCCAUAGCCAAACGUCGCACGCCCAAGAUCGAAAAGCAAUAUGAAGCUAUUGGUGGCGGAUCUCCCAUCCUGCGUUGGACAAAAGAGCAGGCAAAAGGCAUGGUCGAGCUCUUGGACGAGCUCAGCCCGGCAACUGCACCUCACAAAGCUUAUGUUGCUUUCCGGUACGCUCGUCCAUUGACGGAGGACUGCCUGGACGAGAUGGCACGAGAUGGUGUCACGAAGGCCGUCGCUUUCACACAGUACCCUCAGUAUUCUUGCUCGACGACGGGCAGCUCGCUCAACGAAAUGUAUGCUGUGCUCAAGCAGAGGCAAGAGCUCGACAAGAUCGAAUGGAGUGUCAUUGACAGGUGGCCAACACAUGCUGGCCUGAUAGAUGCUGUCGCACGGAACAUCGAAGUUGCACUGCAGCAAUAUCCCGCAGAUAAGCGUGACGAUGUCGUGCUGCUCUUCUCGGCGCACUCUUUGCCGAUGUCAGUCGUGAACAGAGGUGAUCCAUACCCUGCCGAAGUCGCAUCGACUGUUCAUGCCGUCAUGACCAAGCUGGGCCAUUCGCACCAGUACAGACUCGUCUGGCAAUCCUCAGUUGGACCAUCAGCCUGGCUGGGUCCACAGACUUCAGAUAGCAUAAAAGGCCUUGCAAAGCUCGGCCACAACGACGUUUUGCUCGUGCCUAUCGCCUUUACGUCUGAUCAUAUCGAAACGUUGUACGAGCUCGACGUCGAGCUGAUGGAAGAGGCGCAUGAGCUCGGGAUGACGGGCGUCAAGCGAGUUGAAUCACUCAAUGCGUCGCCCAUCUUCAUUCGAGCUUUGGCCGACAUUGCUGCACAACAUCUAGAAUCCGGCAAGGUCGUCUCGAAACAAAUGAUGUUACGCUGCCCGCAGUGUACGAGCGAGCGCUGCGGUCCUACAAAAGCCUACUUUGCAAGACAGUAG